GACAUUUGCAUCACACAUACGUCAAAUAUUGCGUGUUUUUCUAGUCUCGCUUGUUCAAUUCGCAGAAAUAAGAAUAAAAAUAGUGUCCAAUUUGUGUACAGUCGUGUCAAAAUUUGUAAUAAAACUGUAUUACGUGCGUGAUCAUAGCAGAACAAUGUGUGAUAAAUUGCUUGAGUGUAAUUUUAAUUCGAAUACUUUGUUGCAAUAUCCUUCCAUAAUCACCUUGUUUACUCCAUGCUCUGUAAUUUAGUUACAUUUGCUUUCCUUUUGUUAUCAUGGAAGUGAAUCCUUUGAACAUAUUUUUCGUGAAAUCUGACAGUAAGGGUGACAGGUUGCUGUUCAGAUAUCCUUACACAACAGAGAACAAGGAUGAAAGUAAACAGAAAAAAUAUGGUCGACACAAUCCUUACGCCAUUAAUUCUACAGAGGACUUGUUACAGAACCCUCAAUCGCAAACGUCAAAUAUUUGUAAAGGUCAGCUAAGUGGUUUUACAGAUGAAAUGUUAUCAACCUUGUUUGCUGUAAAAGCUGAGCUUUGUAAUAGAAAGUUUGAGUUAAAAGUAAAUGAUGUGAGGUUUGUGGGACAUCCUACUCUACUGCCAUACAGGACCAACAAGGAUGAUACGGCCACUAUGAUCCUUAUUAACAUUGUCUUUGCACUGCAGGCUUCUGCAAGUCAUUCUGUUGUAAAAUGUUACUAUGAUUUGAGUAAAAGACUGGGAAAAGCACUGAGACAUGAAGAAAAGAGGUGUUCAUAUUUGACUGAAGAAAUGAAAAUAAUGUUAGCAGCUCAUGAUGAAGUGUCAGUUUUGGAUAGCGAAAUGAAGAGUGACAAUGAUGAAGAUGAGGAUAAUCUCCGUCAUUCAGUCAGUUCAGCGACGUACAGUAGUGAGAAUGGGGCUGAUAACACUCCGAAGUCAGCGUUCCAUCUCAUACUGCAACGGAGCUCGCUGGCUAGGUCCAUGAAGUCUGUGUUUGAAGAACUUAGUAGUACUGGUAUAGUCCAAUGUCGGAUAAACAAGUGGGUGUUAUUGUCCUUCUGUUUGCCACACAAAGCUCAUCAGAUACACAAUCGAGGACUUAUCAUUGAACCAGAAACAAUAGACAAAUGUUUACAGAAACUACGGCCUUAUCACGGUAUAUUACUUAUGGUGAACCCAAAUGAGCUGCUAGGUUCAAUACCUCUGGACAGCAGCUCGGCUCUACUAAGACUGAUAAAACUAUACAGCCCAUUGAAAAGCUUGCAGACUCUCGCUAUUGAAGCUGACCUGACAUUGAAACAGGUGUCUCAACUAACAGGACACUUGGUAUACUGGGCGAAAGCGACAGUGAUAUAUCCGUUGUGUGAGAGUAAUGUUUACGUCGUGGCACCGGGAGCUAAUGUUCACAUACACUCGCCUCUAGUUGAGGAGUUCGCGAAGGAGUUUCCUACUUUGUGCUUGUUACAGAUGCUAAGCGAGUUCUCCCUGCCGGCGCCGCUAUGGUACGUGUCCCGCAACGGGUCUGGGGGCGGCGGCGGCGGGCGGCUGGCGCGCUGCGUGGCCUGGCUGCUGCGGCGCCGCCUGCUGCUGCAGCUGCAUACCUACGUGCAGUUCAACUCGCCGCACUGGGGACGCGACCCAGAAGGCAAAGAAUACUACUGCGAAAAACACGAUAUAUUUAACCAGUCCUGCAGCGUGUCAUUCUCCUCUCUCAACCAAAUGCAACUCAACGUCCCGGAGCCUGUAGAACCACGAGAAACCAUCAACACCUUCCCGGACUCUGACGAGGACUACCCAACGGAGAAUAACCUCAACCAAACAGACUUCUCACACACAAAGCCAAUAGUUAUAGAAUCUGAACACAUCAAAUACGAUAAGUUCAGAGAAACGGACUCCGCGAACCACUCCUUCGAUGACGGUAUAGACGUCGUUGACGGCAUCAAACCAACCAACGGUUGUGACUACGAAACCAAAGCCGAUAAAGUCCAGAAGAAAAUACAAGGAAACUCAGUAGACAGUGGCAUCUCAAGCAACAUGAAUGGCACCAACAAUCAUAACGGUAACGGAGAAAUCAUAGAAAAUGGUCACACCGAUAUAGUUAAAACGGAACUGUCUAUUGACAAAACUGAUUCGGAUAAAAAGAGCCUCCCUUCACGGUUAUCUGAUAUUUCUUUGAAAGAUAGUGAAACUACUUUGAAUAAGGAUACGAGUAGUGAUGAGGAUAAAUUCGAGAGUGACCAGGAUAUAUCUCCCCGAAUCAAAAUGAACGGCAUGAUGAACGGGGGUGAAAAGAAAAAUGGAGUGUCUUUGAAUUUGAAAUUGCAGAGUGAAAUGAGUAUGGAUUUCAGUUUUCAACCGCCGACGGUGUGGAACGUUCCGGCUAGUUGUGACGUCAUCGAUGCAUGUCGCAUCCCCAACGAGCCGCCUACGACCGAGUCACUAUUGGACACAUUCACUGCAGAGGAACGGGCCGCUCUGGCGACCGUACCUGCUUCUAAGAACACUGACGAUCUGUUGCUUCUAGCACAACUACACAAGAAAGGUUACUUCCGCGGCGAGCAGCAUUUAGAAGAGAUUAUGUUUAUGGAAAACGUAAGCCGCUCGCAGCUGAUGCAACUUCUGGACAAAUUCAAAGAUGUCCUCAUUACAUUCGAGACUGAAGACCCUGCUGUCGCCAUGUUGUAUCCCUACCAGUAAAUCUCAAAGUUUAAUAUAAAAAAUAAAGCUAUUUUGUGUAAUAAAUAUCAUGUAACAUAAGUACUAGUUAAUUGAAAAUACGGCUUACUCACUUGAACUAUUCGAGAAAAGCUCUACUAGUUUCAAGUGACACCAGGACCCAUAUUCAUGAGUAGUAGAAACAUCGAGUAUUUCUCGUGUAGUUCACAUGGGUGAGCCUUAUUUUUCAACUAAAAAUAAUGUUAAAUGCGCCGUAUUCAAAGCCUACAUACAAGGGCCAUUGUUUGAUCUUGUAUGUCAGAAAAAAAUGUAAUGUAGGGAGAAUAGAUUUGAAGAACCAAUAGAGUUGGGAUGGGAUACAAUCGGAAUCUGUACUUUGAUUUGUACACCCCAGUUAUAAAUUAAAUCGAUUACAGUGCCUUUUAGGUUGAAUUCCUUGUUUUUUGUAGCUGAUUUUUUAUCAUCACAUCAAUUUAUAAAAUACUUUUUUAUUAUUCCACCAUUGUAAAUCAGAGUUGCUAGAGCGAAAUUGUGUCUGUUCUGUAAAAUAAAUGUCGAUUAAAUAUACUUGCUCUUGCUCUCUAAAUAUGAGAUAAUAAUAAAAAAUGUGACAAACCAGUUUGCUACAUAAAAUUGGCAUCUACAAAGCUAAAUGGACGGCUGUUCCUAAAUAGUAAAAUUAAUAAGUACCCAGGUUCUUAUAAUUGUAGUUAUUGUAAAGUAUUUAUGUUUAGAAAUUAGUUUUUUUACUAUAAAAAAUUAUGUUAGUUAUUGUAGCUUGUAACAGGUGCUAGAAUGACUUCUCGAUAGUUAAUACCCUAUUGUAACUUAUAUUUUGCUGUUUGUAAACAUUAUUUCACAUAUUCUCUUCUGUUUACCGUAAUUACUGAAUUUGAAUGUACAUAUAUAUAAAAUUCAAUACAGUUUGUAUUAAGAAAAUAAAUGAACCGGAACCAUUA